AUGGUGGUGAAGAACCCCUACACCCACAUCAGCAUCCCCCGGGCCCACCUGCGCCCGGACCUGGAGCAGCAGCUGGAGGCCGCGCACCGCCCCUCGGAGCUGCAGCCGCUGUCUGGGGGUGCCUGCGCCCCGGAGCCCUCCCGCCUGCUGCAGCCCGUAGAGGAGGUCUGGGGGCCCCAGGGGGCAAAGGGCGCCAAGGGGGGCGCCAAAGGGGGCGCCAAGGGGGGCGCCCCCGUCCAGGGCCCGCAGUCCUGGCAGCAGCCUGGCAACCCCUACUGCGGCGGGCAGCGCGGACUGACCUACGCCGGCCGGCCGCCCAUCGGGCGCGGGGAUGACAUCGCCCACCACUGCUGCUGCUGCCCCUGCUGCUCCUGCUGCCACUGUCCACGCUUCUGCCGCUGCCACAGCUGCUGCUGCGUCGUCUCCUAG